UAGACCUUUACCAGUACAGGGAGUCAUCUGAUCCACAUCCACAUAUCACUUCAUGGACCUUUACCUUGUGUUUGUCUCUGUGUGGACAGACACAAUGUGAGCUGAUUCUUCAUGAUUCCUCCACAGAGAGGACCAGGAGAGCUCACAGGUUCCCAGAGGUCAGUCUGCCCAGCAGCAUCAAACACACCUGGACUCCAUAUUUAUGCUGCUGGAGGAGAACAUCCUCACUUUUGUGAAGAACGAGCUGAAGAAGGUCCGGAAGGUUAUGAGUUCAGAUUACCCAGAAUGCUUAGAGAGUCAGAGGGAGGAUGAAGAGCAGGAUGAAGAGCAGAGGAGGAGCAGCAGAGAGGCAUUUCUGAAGAUCACACUGCACCUCCUGAGGAGAAUGAAGCAGGAGGAGCUGGCUGACUGUCUGCAGAGCAGAAGUCAUUCUGGAGUCUGUCAGCGUGAACUCAAAUCUAACCUGAAGAAGAAGUUCCAGUGUGUGUUUGAGGGGAUCGCUAAAGCAGGAAACCCAACCCUUCUGAACCAGAUCUACACAGAGCUCUACAUCACAGAGGGAGGGACUGCAGAGGUCAAUGAUGAACAUGAGGUCAGACAGAUUGAAACAGCAUCCAGGAAACCAGACAGACCAGAAACAACCAUCAGACAAGAAGACAUCUUUAAAGCCUCACCUGGAAGAGAGGAACCAAUCAGAACAGUGAUGACAAAGGGAGUGGCUGGCAUUGGGAAAACAGUCUUAACACAGAAGUUCACUCUGGACUGGGCUGAAGACAAAGCCAACCAGGACAUACAGUUCACAUUUCCAUUCACCUUCAGAGAGCUGAAUGUGCUGAAAGAGAAAAAGUACAGCUUGGUGGAACUUGUUCAUCACUUCUUCUCUGAAACCAAAGAAGCAGGAAUCUGCAGGUUUGAAGAGUUCCCGGUUGUGUUCAUCUUUGACGGUCUGGAUGAGUGUCGACUUCCUCUGGACUUCCACAACAAUGAGAUCCUGACUGAUGUUACAGAGUCCACCUCAGUGGAUGUGCUGCUGACAAACCUCAUCAGGGGGAAACUGCUUCCCUCUGCUCGCCUCUGGAUAACCACACGACCUGCAGCAGCCAAUCAGAUCCCUCCUGAGUGUGUUGGCAUGGUGACAGAGGUCAGAGGGUUCACUGACCCCCAGAAGGAGGAGUACUUCAGGAAGAGAUUCAGUGAUAAGGAGCAGGCCAGCAGGAUCAUCUCCCACAUCAAGACCUCACGAAGCCUCCACAUCAUGUGCCACAUCCCAGUCUUCUGCUGGAUCACUGCUACAGUUCUGGAGGAUGUGUUGAAGACCAGAGAGGGAGGAGAGCUGCCCAAGACCCUGACUGAGAUGUACAUCCACUUCCUGGUGGUUCAGUCCAAACUGAAGAACGUCAAGUAUGAUGGAGGAGCUGAGACGGAUCCACACUGGAGUCCAGAGAGCAGGAAGAUGACUGAGUCUCUGGGAAAACUGGCUUUUGAUCAGCUGCAGAAAGGAAACCUGAUCUUCUAUGAAUCCGACCUGACAGAGUGUGGCAUCGAUAUCAGAGCAGCCUCAGUGUACUCAGGAGUGUUCACACAGGUCUUUAGAGAGGAGAGAGGACUGUACCAGGACAAGGUGUUCUGCUUCAUCCAUCUGAGUGUUCAGGAGUUUCUGGCUGCUCUUCAUGUCCAUCUGACCUUCAUCAACUCUGGUGUCAAUCUGCUGUCAGAAGAACAAACAACCUCCCGGUUGUCUAAAGUCUUCAGAGACAAACCUGAACUAACACAUCUCUACCAGAGUGCUGUGGACAAGGCCUUACAGAGUCCAAAUGGACACCUGGACUUGUUCCUCCGCUUCCUCCUGGGUCUUUCACUGCAGACCAAUCAGACUCUCCUACGAGGUCUGCUGACACAGACAGGAAGUAGCUCACAGACCAAUCAGAGAACAGUCCAGUACAUCAAGAAGAAGAUCGACGAGGAUCUCUCUGCAGAGAAAAGCAUCAAUCUGUUCCACUGUCUGAAUGAACUGAAUGAUGGUUCUCUAGUGGAGGAGAUCCAACAGUCCCUGAGUUCAGGACGUCUCUCCACAGAUAAACUGUCUCCUGCUCAGUGGUCAGCUCUGGUCUUCAUCUUACUGUCAUCAGAAAAAGAUCUGGACGUGUUUGACCUGAAGAAAUACUCUGCUUCAGAGGAGGCUCUUCUGAGGCUGCUGCCAGUGGUCAAAGCCUCCAACAAAGCUCUACUGAGUGGCUGUAACCUCUCAGAGAGAAGCUGUGAAGCUCUGUCCUCAGUCCUCAGCUCCCAGUCCUCUAGUCUGAGAGAGCUGGACCUGAGUAACAACAACCUGCAGGAUUCAGGAGUGAAGCUGCUGUCUGCUGGACUGGAGAGUCCACACUGUGAACUGGAAACUCUCAGGGUGGAGCCUGCUGGAGUCCGAUGGGUCACACCAGGUCUGAGGAAGUAUUCCUGUGAACUCACACUCGACACAAACACAGUGAACAGAAACCUCAAACUGUCUGACAACAACAGGAAGGUGACACAUGUGGAGGAGGAUCAGUCAUAUCCUGAUCAUCCAGACAGAUUUGACCACUGGGAGCAGCUGCUGUGUACAACUGGUCUGACUGGUCGCUGUUACUGGGAGGUGGAGUGGAGAGGAUACGUUCAUAUAUCAGUGAGUUACAGAGGAAUCAGAAGGAGAGGAGACAGUGAAGACUGUUUGUUUGGAAGGAAUGAUCAGUCCUGGAGUCUGGAGUGCUGUGAUGGUGGUUACUAUGUCCGUCACAAUAAGAGAGAAACACCCAUCUCCUCCUCCUCCUCCUCCUCCUCUGGUAGAGUAGCAGUGUAUGUGGACUGUCCUGCUGGCUCUCUGUCCUUCUACAGAGUCUCCUCUGACACACUGAUCCACCCACUCCACACCUUCAACACCACAUUCACUGAACCUCUUUAUCCUGGGUUUGGGUUCGGGUUCAGGUUUGGGUUAAUGUUCAGGUUUGGGUCCAGGUCUGGUUCCUCAGUGUCUCUGUGUUCUCUGGAGGAGGGAGAGUCUCCUCCUGGUAGAGAACCUUUCUCUCUGCUGACCAGAUAGUUCAGUGUGUUCAGGAUCACACAGCUGAUGUGAGUUAGUAGCAACCUGAUCUCAGUGGUUGUAAAUGCAGUGUGAGCAGGUUGUGGGUACCUGAGCUGGUCUGGACUCUGGGGGGUUGAGAGCUCUCUGGGACUGAGCGAGGUCCAUGUGAUGACCUGAAAUGAUCAGUUGUCUGAGAGAAGUGUGAAACAUGUUUUACU